AACUCACAUUUUAAAUCUAGCAGCUUUACGAUCUCAAUCUCCAGCUCUCAGUAUUUUGUCGAAGAAAUUCAUGAAGUCCGAGCUUGUAAGAUCAGCUCGAGGUCCGUAACUGAACAUGGAGGAGAGCAGAGUGAAGGCUGUCCAAGCUCUGCUCAUCAAGGCAUGGAGAGAGAGAUGGGCAGACUUCCAGUGGAGCACCAAGAUCAAGCAGUAUAUCGUAUCGGGAUCAGCAGAUGAGGCCAAUCAAAUAGCAGAGAUGCUUUUGACCCAGACAUUUGUUGGCCCUUCUCCAAGCAGCCUCAUCCUGUCAUAUCUCAAACAUGCCAUCAUGUCAGACGUGGUGUCUCUGCCUGGAGUCCUGAGUGCCAUGACAAAGUACAGUGAUACUGCUGUCACAAGACCUUACUGCAUGAGAAGUCUUCUAGAGAUCUUCAUCUUCUGCAUGAACAAGCUAGGGGUUCGAAGUACGGUAGAGGAGGGUCUCCAGCUGAGCGUGGAGCUCCUGGAGGUGGUCCACUGGCUCCUGGCCUCCAUCACCCAAUCCCUGGAGCACCUCCAGGUGGAGUCGCGCGACAUCAUCACCAUCUCACGCAACGUGGACUACAUGAGCGACCUCCUGCGUAAGAUGUGUAGCAGGGACAACCUCAAGCUCCUGCUCUACAUAGGCAGGCUGGAGGAUGAAGGGGAAUGCCUGGCCAAACUGGAGGCAGCAACGGCAGCAAUAGCAGGUCCUGCAGGAGUGGUAGGUGGAGGGCCUCAAGGAGUUGGACCUGGAGCUGGACCUGGAGUUGGACCAGGAGUUGGAACUGGAGUUGGACCUGGAGUUGGACCUGGAAUGGGACCUGUACUGGGAUCUGGACCUGGACCGGCACCUUUGCCUGGAGCAGGGCCAGGAGACCCCACAGGUGGGACAUCGUCCUCUACUCCCGGUACACCCGCUGCAGGAGCUGAGCCAGAGAAGGAACCCAUAAAGCCCAUCACUCUCUGGACACGCAUUGAGACAGCUAUGACUGAUCUGACAACGCUCAUAAACAGUGUUUCAGGACCACAGCCUGUUGGCAUGCAGCAGAGACAACAGAGUAAUCUAGAGCAUCUAUUAUCAAGAACACCUCAACAUUCCACUAAGAAAGACGUGAAGGCUGACUCUUUGAAGGUGAAACUAGAAAACAACCUUGCCGACAUUGCCAGAAUACCCAUGCAGACCCUUCACACAAGACCAAUCAGCCGAUGUGAGAACACGCUUGGUCUGAAGGCAUUGUGCUGUAGUGUGAAUGUGAUGACAUUCAUGGAGGCAGCUCUCAAUCUGACCAGUGAUAUCCAACUCUUUGUAGACCAGCUCCUCCUCAUGGAGAGACUACAGAACCUCCCCCGCUCUGCCAUCUACCGUGAGCUGCUCCAUGCAAGCUUCCUAGGGCUGGUGGAAGACAGCGAUCCAACAGAGGAGAUCAAAUGGGUAGCAUUCACUUUCCUCAAGCUUCCUCAAAUCAUCCAGCGUCUUCAGCAGAGCAUGGCUGAUGACUCUGGGUCCUGUGAAGCCUUGGUUGAAGGUCUCCACUACCUCCUAAGAUUCUAUGUUCUCCUGGACCUUCUGGAUACCAAGCAACGAUGCGAUGCCAUCAAACAACUCCUUGGCCAGCUCUCAGCCUGUGGAGUACUCAAUGAGACGCAAGUCAAAGAGAUCACUACUGCAAGAUCCACCACAAGUAAACUCACAAGACCCACUGACACCCAGCAACCCGUCUCCCUUGUAGUCAUGGUUACUAGGGCAGAGCCUCUCGUCAAUUUUAUUAAGGCUGAUGUGAAGAAUCAAGAUGAAAUGUUGGUUCUGCUAGGUCAUAUGAAAGCAGGAAAGAGCUUUGAUUACAUGGUAGCAGCUGCUGCAGCCAGAAGUAAACUUCCAAAGUUCUCUGCGAAACUCAUCAAAAUCAACGAGAUAGUGAAGCAGUCGAGCGCCGAGAAUGCUAAGGCAUCUCAAGUCAGAGCCGUCAUCUUUGAUCUCACAUUCCUCAUGCUGUGUCGAAUUGCUCAGCUCUAUGGAACUGAGAUGGUUGUAUCAAGUAGCGGUGAUUCUUUCUUUGAGACGUGGGUCCAUCACUGUAUGCCUGAUGAUACCAGUACCAAACCAUUGAGUGGCAUGACUGCAGCUGAUCCGAAUAAGAUUGAUAUGCUACUCAACCAGUAUCAUACUGGUAUGGAGUUCAAAACAGCCUACAGUCAAGUACGUUGGAGUGAGGUAUGUUUGGCCAUCCCAUAUGCUAUUCAACAUCUCUUACAUGCCUGGGAAUAUGGCGCCGUCAGUGAAGAACAUGUCUCGAAACUGGUUGAUAAUUUGAAGGGGCGUGUUUGCUGUCUGCCGAUCUGCUGCGUGGCGUGGCUGUGUAGUCACAUGACCUCCCUGUCGACCAAUGAGCGCAGCAAGGCUCACAGGCUGCUGCAGAUGAUGAUGACAUCGGUAGCGAAUAGCGCCACCUCCCUGCAGAUGUAUGACACUGAGAGGAAUAGCCUCAUGACAACGAUUGUGAAGAAGAUGUCCACCUCAGUGCUAGGCAGCGACUCCAAGAUCCACAGGGAACCCGCCUCCGUCGUUGCACCUGGCCCCACCCUUCCCCCUGAGCCGAACACGGCCUCUCUCGAGACCCUCACAGGAACCUUCAGGGCCAUCGUCCAGAGGGGCGUGGUCGACAAGAAGAGCUUGACCACCAUGGAUGCUCUGCUGACCAGUGGGGGCGCUCUAUGGUUCUGUCGGAGCAUCGUCUUGGAGCUGACCUCUCUUCAUAGGAAGGAUGACCUUACAACCGCAGUUGAGAUUGCUGUGGCCCUCUUCCAGGUGGACAUUGAGCAGAUGACCCUGACCCUUCUGCGACGGGUCAUUCCUCGUCUCCUGGCCGACCUGUCAAACAUUGACCGCUUAUCCAACCCCCGUGGCAAGGCUCUGGCCAAGCUGGUGGUCUGGUGUAUAGCAGCAACCCUGACCAGUCAAAACAGCUUCAGAGAUUCCAAGUCCAAGGAAAGUCCAUCCAGAAUCGUAAGAGGGCGCAAGAGAGGAAGAGGAGACACUGAAAGAGAGGAGGCUAUAAGUCUAAGAGAGGAGAACCGUCCCUCUAAGCUGAGGAAGCUGCUCAGUACUGCAGAAGAGGAAGGGGCCUCCACUCCCCUCCCAGCUGGUAGUGUGAAUGUGAGUACAGCAAACAGCAGCUUCCUGGUGAUGCAGGCACAGCAGCAGUAUGUGGAACCACUUCAUGUUGCUCUCGUCUCUGCAUUCAGACUCUUUGCAUCCAUCUUGGCAUCAGGCAUCAUCAACCCAAGAACAGAGUUCAUCCUCUCCUUUGUGCAGGAAGUUCUCUAUUGCGGGGAAACCAUCAGCACCAAUGUCCUACAGUUUAUGCCUGUUACCAUGGCCACCCACCUUCUCAAUACACUCUCUGGCGUCUUCAUGCAGGACUUGGCCUUAGCCAUUGGACAGCUCGAGGGACCAACACCAAGGAGAAUGGCUGCCAAAGCUCUGUGUCAAACAAGGAGAUAAUAGAGAAUCCAGGACAUGACCCUUAACCUUUGACCCUUGUUCCUUGUGAUCCAGGCCACGCACCUUCUCAAUACACUCUCUGGCGUCUUCAUGCAGGACUUGGCCUUAGCCAUUGGACAGCUCGAAGGACCAACACCAAGGAGAAUGGCUGCUAAAGCUCUGUGUCAAACAAGGAGAUAAUAGAGAUUCCAGGACUUGACCCUUAACUCUUAACCCUUGACCCUUGUACCUUGCUAUAGGCUGGUCGCUCAGUAGUGACAAUGCCCAACCCCAUUCUCAACUCUCAAAAUUAAAAAACUUGGUUGAAGACCAAUUUUUGUAAGGAAUGAAAUUGUGAAAGGACCAAAUCUGUGUGAGGACAUGUAUUGAGGAGAAUACUUUGUGAUAUCCUUGUACAUGUAUAUGAUAUGGAGACAGGAGAUGAGUUAAACAUCUGAAUGUUGACAGAAAUUGUGCCAGCUUACAGAGGAAGUUUUCUUUUGCAUGAACUGCUUGGAUUCUUAUAAGCAUCCUGAUGUAAUGCUAUUAGCUUGACUCUUUCGGAAUGAAAAAUGAAAUAGAUAGAUUAUAUAUUAUCGGAAAGCAUAUGAGCCAUAGAUUACAAUAAUAUAUCUUACAUGCCAUUUUAGUUUCUUUCAGACGAGUAACAGCUCUCUGAAAACUCAAAAUUUGUAAUUCUAUGUUCAUUCAGCUUUACAUUAAUAAAAAAAUUGUAUUUUCAUCGGAUAGGGUCUUUAAGGGCAAUGUCCACAUAUUUUGUGGACCCUUGGAUAGAACCAUAUUUAUUGUGGAAUAUGAUGAAGAAGUGUUCACUGAAGAGUUAUGUUGAAUAGGAUAUGCAAGUGAGAUUGGGUGGAGAGGUGACAGAAAGAGGGGGAGAGAGAGAGAGAGAGAGAGAGAGUAGUGGGAGAGAGAUAGAGACAGAUGGACAAACAGACAGACAGAGUGGAAACAACUCUCUCCUAGGAUAGUAUCAGAUAGGCAUAGUUUAAUCCUCACCAAUCAUGGAUUGCACAUUACCUUUAUGUGUCAUAAGAUGCAUUAGAGAAAAAGCUGUCUGACUGAAUUGGACGUUAUGUUGAAAACUUUUGUUAGCUCAAAGCAAAUAUACAGUGUAUUAUUCAUGUCCAUCUCAUCACAUUUGUGUUCUGCGUAGCUACCAUGGCAGGUAAUUUAUCUUUUUUAUUUUGUUGGUGGAAAUUUGCAUUGGGUUCAUAAAGGUCAUUGAGAGGCUCUCUUCAAGGCUCAAUAGGAAGUUCCCUCUUGACAUCAAUAGUGAAGGGCAAAGAAAAAAGGGUAACCAAUUUCAACAAUUCGCCAACAAGAUUCUAAACAAUUUCACAACUAUGGAUUGGAUAAAGCAGAAGUUUUUCAAGAAUUUAAUGGAGAUGUGACAAACUAAAAUAACUUUGUCUCAAUGGUUUUAUUUUAUUAUACAGUGAAACCUGUUUAUAAACACCACCCAGGUGAAACAUGAAAAGUGGUUGAUAUGUCCAGGUCCCUAUAGAGCAGGUUUCAAUGAGAAACCAUAUUCAAGGGAAACAAAGAACGUGGUCUCUAUAGAUAGGUGGUCACUCAAGCAGGUUUGAUUGUACUUGUAUAUCUAUGGCCAUUUUCGAUUUCGUUCUAGAAAUGCAGAAUUUCUCAGUGCAAGAGAGCAGCACCUAAACUGUUUCUAUGUGGCUAUGGAGAUUGCUAGACCUUACCUGGAUCAGUUACAUCUCGCAUAAAUGUCACGAUCUUAUUGUAGCCAAGUGUUCCAUGUAAUUAAUUAAAUACAAGAGGCUGCAUGGAGAAUGAUAAUGUCACAACAGUUUGAUAGAAAAGAAAAAAAUUCAUGUAUAGAGCGCAAUUUCAAUAUUCUAUUUAUUCCAAACCUUACUCUCCAGGACCCCAUUUCACAAAACUUGUCAUCAGUGACAAAUGACAGAUUUUUGUCAUUUGUCAUUGCAAAAAGGCCCUGUGAAAUGGGUCCCUGUUAGAUGCCUUUGUAAACAAUCUUGUCUAUCUGCAUUGCCAGUCCAUCAUUUUUUUUAUUUUCUAUGUUGACCAUGUACAUUGUAAAUAAGUAAUGUAAUAAAUGAAUAUGCAAUCUCAGCAAACAGUCAUA